AGACGGAUAGCAACAUCUCCCUGCUCGGACGAGAGCUCGGAAGUCUGUUCCCUCUGUACGCCGAUCUUCCCGUUUCCAGUCGUUUCUUCAGGGUCGCUAUUGUUGUUGUUUGCUGUUCUCCGUUCACUUUAAGCUGACUGCGGGGCCGCGUUUCACAGGCACUUUACUUAUCAGCUCUCACUUUCUCCUCCUCGCUGUCUCCGCUGAGCUCGUGGCAGCACCGGCUGUUGUCGUGUCUCGCUUCUAUUAUCCUCUUGCCACGACCCUAUAUAUUCCCGGAUUUCUGCACUGCUCUUGAUCCAUGGCAUCACCAGCGCAAACAAGCCAGCGCCCCAAGGUCCAGCCUUGUCGGUACAAGACUGGCAAGACGCUAGGCGCCGGUUCUUAUUCUGUGGUUAAAGAAUGCGUGCACAUCGAUACGGGCCGUUACUAUGCGGCGAAGGUGAUCAAUAAACGCUUGAUGGCCGGGCGCGAGCACAUGGUCCGGAAUGAGAUCGCAGUGCUGAAGAGAGUAUCGAUGGGUCACCAAAACAUACUGACCCUAGUCGACUAUUUUGAAACCAUGAACAAUCUUUACCUGGUCACUGACCUUGCGCUCGGUGGAGAGCUCUUCGACCGUAUCUGCCGAAAAGGGAGCUACUACGAAUCCGACGCAGCGGAUCUCAUCCGUGCGAUCUUGUCUGCGGUUGCGUAUCUACACGAUCAUGGCAUCGUGCAUCGCGAUCUCAAGCCAGAAAACCUCCUGUUCCGGACUCCCGAGGACAACGCGGAUCUGUUAAUCGCAGACUUUGGCCUGUCUCGGAUCAUGGACGAGGAGCAGUUCCACGUGCUCACCACGACAUGUGGUACGCCUGGGUACAUGGCACCCGAGAUCUUCAAGAAAAGCGGCCAUGGAAAACCAGUAGAUAUCUGGGCCAUUGGUGUCAUCACCUACUUCUUACUCUGCGGCUAUACCCCCUUCGACCGCGACUCCAACCUGGAAGAGAUGCAGGCCAUCCUUGCAGCCGACUAUUCCUUCACGCCCCUUGAAUACUGGCGCGGCGUCUCGCCCGAGGCGCGCGAUUUCAUCAAACGCUGCCUAACCAUCGACCCCGCCGCGCGAAUGACGGCCCACGCCGCCCUGCAACAUGCCUGGGUCAACCCGCCCUACGACACCGACGUCGACAAGUUCGGCUCGGGCGAGGAUCUCCUGCCGACGGUGAAGAAGAACUUCAACGCACGACGCACGCUCCACAAGGCCAUCGACACGGUGCGGGCCAUCAACAAGCUCCGCGAGGGAGGAGGGCUCAUGAUGGACGGCGUGAUGAGCGUCGACCCCAAGCCCGAACGCGUCGUUGGGAACGACGUCUACGAGGAACAGCAGUAUCCUCUCCAGCACCAGGGAGACCGUGCCGAUCACGACGGGGACAUGGAAAUCGACGGACGGGGCAAUGCCCGCGGGCAGACGGAGGAGCAGAUUCGGGCCCAAGAACGUAAGGUCAAGGAGACGGUGGCGGGGCUGUGGAGCAAAUCUGCGAAGAGAUGAUAUAUGCAUUGAUCACAUGUUUCGUGUCUGUCGGAUGCUCAAGAUAGCCUAGAUACCAUCUUUUCGUUGCUUCCUCGCUUAUUCCCUUGCUUCUUGGCUGAUAUAUAUUGAUGUCUGUGUGGUCGAUCCUACAAAUAUAAUCCUACCAAUAUACGUACGAUGUUUCGAG